AUGAAAAGUGCAAAAAAGGAAGAUCAAAAAGUAUCGGCAAAACUUGAAAAGACGAAUGACGACCACAGAUUUCUGAAGUUAUACGACUCAGAUACCGAGUCCACUAUAGACGAUAAAGGGAAUCAACCAUUUAUGCUUUAUAAAAAUAUAAAAAUAAGCAAUGAUGAAAAAAGAAAAACACUUAGCAAGAUAUGUUGCACCAAGAAUCACUUAUUCAUUAGCACUUCUAGUGUGUUUAGCCAAGUACGCAUUUUUAAUUACAGCAAUUUGGUAAACUCAAGGAAGGAAAAUGAAGAAUUAAGUAGUAUUUCUAAAUCAGGUGAAAAUAGGCAAACAAAUGAAAAACAAAAAAGAAUUAAUAAAGAAGAAGAAAAAUAUGAACAAAAUAACGAUGGUGAUACCUGCAUAAGUUUAUGUAACAUUUACAAUAAGAGUAAAUGUUACACCUCAAAACGGGAAUCAACUCAGGACAAUAUGCUAAGCGUAGAAUUUUUUAAUAACGAAAUUAAAAAGAAAUAUAUAGGAUCUAGUGAGAGUGCGAAAAGAAAGGUGAAUCCAUGCCAUUACCCAAAUGAAAUGAAUUCUAAGGGAAUUACGUCAAAGGGGGAAAAAUCCAGUAAUAUCAAUUUUCUAAAAAAAGACAAUGGGAAGAAAAAUACAACGAAAUUUAUUCGAUAUGACACGAAGAAAGAAGUGAUAAAUCUUAAGGAAAAAGAUCAAUUAGAAUUAAGCUAUAAUGAAUCCGUUUUUCGAGAGGAGUAUUUAUAUUAUGAUAAUUUUGCAGGAAUUCCUACACUAAAAAAAGAAACGCGCCCAAUUAUAAUUACAAAAGAAAUGCGAGAAGAAGAAAGAGAUAAAAGGGAAAAAGAAGAAGAAAUUGAAAAAAAAAAAAAAAUAGAAGAAGAAAAUUUAAGAAAUGAACAACUAGCAAAAAAUGGCUGCUACAUGAAAGAAAAUAUUUUAGAAAUAAAUGUGGAUGUAAUUAAGAGAAAAACAACCCAAGUGAAUAAUUUAUUAGAAUAUGUUGGUGCAUUUGAUAAUGUAUCAUCCCCAAUCAUACUAAUGAAAAAGAAUAAAGAUGAAAAUAUUUUAUCAGUGUUAACCUACAGUAGUGAUGUAUACAGUUAUGAUAUUAGUGAAAGUUCAUUAAAACAAUUAAAAGAAAAAAGAAUUAAAAAAGUAGAAUUAUUUAGUAAUAUAGAAAAUUAUUUUAUUGAACAAGAAAAGAAUAAUAUAUCAAAUGAAUUCUUAGAAAAAGAUUUUGGAGAAGAAGCAACAGCAUCACCACUAUCUGUGUGUAAUGCACAUUUUACAAAUUCGGUUAAAUAUUUUGAUUUCCUCCCUGAUGAUAAAACAUUAAUAUGUGUUGGCCAAAACAAGGAUUAUUUUCUUUCAUUUAUUAAUUGUUAUAAUGGUAAAAAAAUAAUAUAUCAUAAGAAAAUAAAAAUAAAAAAGCCAAACCAUAGUACACACCUUAAUUCGAAUAAAUUGGGUAAAGAGAAAAUAAUGCCCACAUUAAUGUACGAUUUUAAUUAUGUAUGUGUUGAAAAGGAGAAAAAAAAUUUUAACGGACAAAUUGGAUAUUAUGUAUAUAUUGGAUCUUCAUGUGGUUAUUUAAUUUUUACCUUUAUUAGUGAAAAGUUUCUACAGUUUAUUAAUAACUUACUGACAAGUGAUGAAGUGAGAAGUGGAUCUCUUUUCACAUACAACGAUGGUGCUGACGACAACACGCAAUCGAAAAGUUUAUUAGAGCAUGUUAUAGGAAAUGCGGAUGAUGUGUAUACGAUUAGCAAGAACGAAUUGUAUGCACUCUUCGAUGAUGAACAUAAUGGAAAGAUGAAUGCGAAUGUUAAUAUGAAUGGACCGAAUGGCAAAGACAAUUUUUUUAACAAUGCUAAGGAAAAUAUUUUCAAAGAAGCCGAAGAUAACUCUUUUUCUUAUGCAUUUUACAUUUCUAAGAAUGUAAAAAUGAAUUCCAUAAUAAGCUUAAAUACACACAAAAAUGAGUAUAUUCAUUUACUUGUAGCACUGAAUGACGGACGGUUAUUAAACUUUCUUUUUCAUAUUUAUCCACACUUUACGCCCACCACGUCGUUAUUGACAAGUAGUGAAUACUAUCCUGUGUUAUGUCAAAAUUAUGUAGAAAAAAAUUUCGAUCAUAACAAGUCCCAAAAUAAUGACAACAACACAGGGGUUGCUUCCAUUCCAUCUUCUAUCAAUAAUAACAACUUUGUAAAACAAAGUGAAAAAGUUUUAUAUGAUUUUACAGGGUUACACAAAUCGACCAUUAUAAGCAAAAUUAAUUUAUACAAAAGUGGCCCGCAAAACUUUUAUGUUUUUAUAAAUUCAAACAUAACAAAAAUUUGUGAAAUGUCCGAUAAAAAUUUUUACACAACAUAUAUGCUAAAUAUGUACAAUAAAAAAAUUCAUAUUUUACAUGAGCACCUCUCGUACAUUAUUGACUCAUGUAUAUGUUCUCAUUUUUAUUUUUGUUUAAAUGAUAAUAACACUAUUGCCGUUUUUGCGGCCUCUCGUGAGAAAUGA